AUGUCCAUAUGCUACAGUUCCAAUUUCAUCUCACUGAACCAUCAAAAAAGCCUUUCAUUAACCUUCUCUUCGGACUCUCCGCACUUUAUCAACCUGUUUCCAGUUAAGCAUCGGAAAUCACACCACUCUAUUAAGUUCACCGCAGAAAGAUUGAAGUUGUUUGCCUCUCUGACGCCAUCUCCACCCGUUGAGACCGCCCCAUCGAGUUAUAGGAGCAAGAGUCCUAAAGAUGUUAACGUCUUGGUGGUGGGUUCAACUGGGUACAUUGGAAAGUAUGUGGUGAAAGAGUUGGUUAAGAGAGGGUUCAACGUCACAGCCAUUGCUAGAGAGAGGAGUGGAAUUAGGGGUAGUGCUGAUAAGGAUCAGACGUUGAAUCAGUUAAGAGGGGCCAAUGUGUGUUUCUCGGAUGUGACCAAUUUGGAUGCUUUGGAAGGGUCUUUGAACAGUUUGGGGAAUUCUUUUGAUGUUGUAGUGUCAUGCCUUGCUAGUAGAAAUGGAGGGGUGAAGGACUCUUGGAAGAUUGAUUAUGAGGCAACAAGGAAUAGCCUUGUUGCUGGAAGAAAACAUGGGGCUUCACAUUUUGUGUUGCUUUCAGCAAUAUGUGUGCAGAAGCCCCUCCUUGAGUUUCAGCGUGCCAAGUUGAAGUUUGAGGAUGAGUUGAUGAAGUUAGCUGAGGAGGAUGGUGGAUUCAGUUAUAGCAUAGUGAGGCCAACCGCAUUUUUCAAGAGUUUGGGGGGUCAGGUUGAGUUGGUGAAGGAUGGGAAGCCAUAUGUUAUGUUUGGAGAUGGGAAACUGUGUGCUUGUAAGCCUAUAAGUGAGUCAGAUUUGGCUUCUUUUAUUGUGGAUUGUGUGCUUAGUGAGGAUAAGAUUAAGAAGGUGUUGCCAAUUGGAGGGCCUGGGAAGGCAUUGACCCCACUGGAACAAGGGGAGAUGUUGUUUAGGCUUUUGGGGAAGGAUCCAAAAUUCUUGAAAGUUCCAAUAGGAAUAAUGGAUUUUGCCAUUGGGGUUCUUGAUUUUCUGGUUAAGGUCUUUCCUUCACUGGAAGAUGCUGCCGAGUUUGGUAAAAUUGGAAGGUACUAUGCGGCGGAAAGUAUGUUGCUUCUGGAUCCUGAGACUGGAGAGUAUAGUGCUGAGAAGACACCUAGCUAUGGCAAUGAUACAUUGGAAGAGUUUUUUGCUAGGGUUCUCAGGGAGGGCAUGGCUGGUCAAGAGCUAGGUGAGCAAACAAUAUUUUAA